AUGGACAGCUCUUUAAUCAAAAUAAUUUUAUUAUGUUCUAUAGUGACACAAGUGCUUUGCUCCCAUAAAUGGAGUGAUUAUAUGGGUAAGCAUGAAAAACAAAAGCUUGUCUGGUUAUCCGAAGAUUUGUACAAGGACGCCAUGUUGAAAUUGCGACAAGUUUUUGCUAUAAGACAGGAACAUGAAAAAUAUAUUGCUUAUCACGUCGGGAUGAUCAUGGGAAGAGUCCGCGAAAAAUACCGUUUCAUGGUGGAAAUUUAUCGCGACAUUUAUGACAAGACUAAUAACAGAUCAGCACUCAUGCCGCCCGGGGUAAAACAUUACAAGUCGCUUCACUACAUAAUAGCCUUGGAAAUGAUACAUUAUCUGAGCGUGGAGAUAGACAAGCUACUUAACGUUAUAGAAGAUACAGCUAUGGAUGAUAUUAGAAGUUCUAACAUAAUGAUUGCGAGGCCAAUUGACACAAAAGGCAAUGGGACAAGGAUGGGGCCUGAACGACCAGAAGAUGCCGCGCUGAGAGCGAAAGCGAAAGAAGAAGCAACGAAGAGCAUACUCAGGCAAAAGUACUUGAUGAAGAAGAUUGGGAGACCACUGAAUUUGACGACUUCUAAAAAGAGAUUCAGAAAACAAUGGCCAGUUGAAGACACGUGGUCCUUGGAGAAAUAUAAUUAUAAGUAACUGUUUCUUGUGGUUUCACCCGCGUGUUGUGGGUACUACUGCUCGUACCGGGAUAAAAUAUAGCCUAUGUUACUCGGGAAGAGUAUAGCUUUCCGGCAGUGAAUAUUUUUUUUGGUUUAAUAGUUUUGGAAACUUUAGGGAUGUUUCUCAUUAUAAGAUUGGUAGGUAUAGAUAUUUAUAGAUUUGCUGUUUCUCACGCAUUAGUCCGCUUUUUGAGGGAAUUAGUUCACAU